AUGGAAAAGUCUGGUGUGGCUUUCAUACACGGCCGUGUGUAUACUGUAAAUGACAGACAACCAUGGGCCGAAGCCUUCAUCGUUUCCCCAUCCGGCCGUUUUGAGGCUGUUGGAACCAACAAAGAGAUCCAAGCCUUGGCUGAGGAACAUGGUCUACCCACCCACGAUCUUGACAACACUUUUGUCAUGCCUGGGAUCCAUGACGCACAUACCCAUCUGCUAGUAGCCUCACUGCAGAAAAUGAGCGAGAUCAGCAUCGGAUCUGAUAGCACCGCUGCAACUAUUGCCGAGAACAUCAAGAAAGGACAGGCGAGCUGCGCCUGUACCGAAGCUCAUUUCAGAGGUGACUGGCUUAUUGCAAACUUCUACGCAGGCCAGAACUUUCCGGAUGAAAAGAUGGAUCGGAAGUAUCUAGACGAUACCUUUCCUGAGCAGCCGGUGCUUGUUCGAGAUGUCUCUUGUCACAAUGUCGCUCUCAACACCGCAGCCCUCAGGCGCGUCGGAUAUGGGGAUGAUGUUCAAGACCCUCCUGGGGGACAGUACAUGCGAAGGGCAGAUGGUCAGUUAACUGGGGAGCUGGUGGAAGCGGCAUCAACUGGGGUCUUGGCCAGCUUACCUCAGCCACCCGUGUCCGUUGUCAAAGACGCUCUUAUCUAUGGGAUCAAGAUGUCUCACAAGUUCGGCAUCACCUCGCUACAAGAGGCGUCCGCUAACACCCUCUAUCUUCACGCCCUUCGAGAGCUAGAUAGCGAAGGACGACUGGACAUGCAAAUCUCGCCUCAUAUUGUCCAUGCGCCCGAGAGUUUUGCUCAAGAGAAAGCCGAAAGUCUCCAUCAUCUCAUCGAUACUGCUGGAAGCUUUUGUAGCCAGCACGUUGAUACACGAUUUGUGAAGUUUUGGAUGGACGGGGCGCCCAUACCGCCUCACUUCACGCAAUGCGAUAUCGGGCCAGAUGGGCGUCCCGAUGAGGAGAGGCUACUGCUUACGUUCGAAGAGUUAUUGGAAGCUUUGACUAAGCAUGAUGCGAAGGGUUUGACGUGCAAGAUCCACUGUGCCGGUGAUGGCUCUGCAAGGCGAGCACUCGAUGUUCUCGAGCGAGUUCGGCAGUCGAACCCUUCAGGCCCAAUGCAUGAACUGGCACACUGUAAUGCGAUCCAUCAAGAUGACAUAAAGCGAAUGACGGAAUUGCGAAUCACGGCCGAGAUGUCGCCCGCGAUAUUUCACGACACAAAUCUCACAUCUAACUAUCCUCAUAUCUUCAAAUGGCCGUUCAAGGAGCUCCAGGAUACUGGUGUCCAUGUCACUGUAGGUUCCGACUGGUUCUUGACCGACACGCCAGACCUAUUCCCGGCCUUAGCGGCUGUCGUGGAGCGCUUUGGUACAGAAGAGGGCAAGACUGCGAAAGAGGUUGGAGGUGCAAAGAUAUGCCGUAUCAUAACGCAAGCAGGUGCUGAGGCUGUAGGAAAGGGUUCAGAGAUGGGAAGUAUCGAGAUAGGAAAGAAGGCGAAUUUUAUUGCUGUUGAUCGAGAUUUGAGUCGUGGUGACUUUGAUGGAGCGAAAGUUCUGAAGACGUGGUUUGAGGGAAAGAUGGUUUGGGAAGACACGGAAAAUACGAUAUCUAUGUAG